GGAAUCGACGUGGACUGCCAGUGGGCAGAUUGGUCCGACUGGAGCGUGUGCCAGUUCACCUGCGGGGGAGGCAUCUCCGUAAGAGACCGAGCCGUGAAGCGGAUGGCCCAAGGGUCAGGUAAGUCCUGCGACAACAACGACAGGGAAGAGCGGGACUGCACCAAAGCAAGCUGCCCAGUGGACUGUGAAUGGGAAGACUGGGCCGACUGGACGGAGUGCUCCAAAAGUUGUGGGGAUGCCGAGCGCUUCGCGGAACGAGGCAGCCGCGCUGCCGAGUUCGGCGGGCGCCUGUGUUCUGGUUCCUCGCAGAAGACGGAGGCUUGUCACUUGGAUGACUGCCCCGUGGAUUGUAAGUGGAGCGAUUGGUCGGACUGGGGCGGCUGUUCAAAGACAUGCAACGGGGGGAAGGAGAGCAGAUCGAGGGAGAGCACGCCUGGCAACUCCCAGGGAAAGCCGUGCACUGGAGACUGCGUGGUUGGCGACUGGCUAGCUUGGGAGCCCUGCAGCGUCUCCUGCGGCAGCGGCACUGCAGAGCGGAAGCGAAGCAUCAAGCAGCAGCCGGCCUAUGGCGGAGAGGAAUGUCCCGCCUCGGUGGAGUCCAAGCCCUGCAGCCCAGAGGAGAUCUGCGCUGUCGACUGCGUCUGGAGUGAGUGGAGCGAGUGGCAGGCCUGCUCCGCGUCCUGUGGUCACGCGACCUCGCGGCACACUCGAACGGUCGUUGUGGAAGCCAACGAAGCGGGGAAGCCCUGCACCGGAAAAGACGAGGAGGAGAUCACAUGCAGCUUCUUGGAGUGCCCCGUGGAUUGUGCACUGGCCGAGUGGUCUGACUGGUCAGACUGCAGCGUCUCUUGCGGACCAGGGAUCAUGGAGAGGACUCGUGCCGUGGAUGCAGCUGCACAGCACGGUGGGAAGGAAUGCAGUGCUCAGGACCUGCUCUAUGAGAAGAAGUACUGCAGCCUUCCCACAUGCCCCGUUGAUUGCGAGUGGGUCGACUGGUUGGACUGGAGCAGUUGCUCGACCAGCUGCGGGGACGGCCACUCCUCGCGAACGCGCAUGGUCAAAACAGAGAAGAUGUACGGUGGCAAGGAUUGUGUUGGCGAGACAGCACAAGAUCGCGAUUGUGACAACGCGGCCUGUCCAGUCGACUGCGUGUACGGAGACUGGACGGCCUGGAAGCAGUGCAGCACUACAUGUGGCACAGGUACGCAGCACAGAAGCCGCGAGGUGCAGUCACCUGCAGAGAAUGGUGGCCUGCCCUGUCAAGGCUCCACAGAUGACACGCAAGAUUGCACAGAACGGCCCUGCCCGGUGGAUUGUCAAUGGAAGGAUUGGCAAGAUUGGGAGCCAUGCACAAGCUCGUGUGGAACAGGAGUUCACAAGCGAGCGCGUCAGAAGACCGACGCGCAGAACGGCGGUCUAGAAUGUGAGGGCGAUGACUCUCAAAGCAUAGACUGUCCAACGCUUCCAGACUGUCCCGUGGAUUGCCUCUGGGAGGACUGGACCGCCUGGAGCGCAUGCACUGCAUCCUGUGGGCUGGGCGUGGUGACAAGGAGCCGCAAGCGCGCGCACUACGAGUCGCACGGUGGCCACGUUUGCUUUGGCACUGAGGACGACGAGGCACCUUGCGAUUUGCCGCCGUGCCCCAUGGACUGCUUCCUGGAGGACUGGGCACCCUGGUCCGAUU